AUGGCUUUGCAGCUGGUCAACGUCAGUGUGGUGGAGGUGCUGGGCUGCGGGGAGCACAGGAACCUCAGCGUGGAACUUACCGACUCCAACGUGAGCUGUAGUAACGGCACCGCCGCCGCCAGACCGGCCGCACGAGCCAGAGAGAUGGACUCACUGCGCAUUCUGCUGUACACGCUCAUCUUCCUGAUCAGCGUGUUCGGCAACCUGCUGAUAAUUGUGGUCCUGAUGAUGAACAAGCGCAUGCGAACCGUCACCAACUCCUUCCUGCUGUCACUGGCGGUCAGCGACCUGAUGAUGGCCAUCUUCUGCAUGCCGUUCACCCUCAUUCCCAACAUCCUGGAGGACUUCAUCUUCGGAGCCGCCAUGUGCAAGAUCGUCACCUACUUCAUGGGUAUCUCUGUCAGCAUCUCCACCUUCAGCCUCGUGGCCAUUGCCAUCGAGAGAUACAGCGCCAUCUGUAACCCGCUCAAAUCCCGCGCCUGGCAGACCAGAUCCCACGCCUACCGCGUCAUCGCUGCCACAUGGGUGCUGUCACUGCUGAUCAUGGUGCCAUACCCGGUGUUCAGCAUCCUCAAGGCCUUCCCCAAGUCAAAUGGCACCGUCGGUCACAUGUGUCGCCUGGACUGGCCCAGCGGGCAGGCCGAGCAGACCUGGUAUGUGCUGCUGCUGUUCACUCUGUUCUUCAUCCCAGGAGUGGUGAUGAUUAUAGCCUACGGUCUGAUUUCCAGAGAGCUGUACCGGGGCAUUCAGUUUGAGCUGAGCCAGAACAGAGAGACCACCGGUCUGAAGAACGGUGUCAGCAGGGCCGUGGCUGGGGCAAACGAUGACGACGACGGCUGCUACAUCCAGGUGUCGAAGAAGCCAUCGUCUGCUGUGGAGCUCCCCACCCUGUCGGCGUCAUCCAGCGCUGCCCAGGCCAAGACCGAGCGCGCCCGCAGUAACACCUCACAGGCCAAGCUGCAGGCCAAGAAGCGUGUUAUCCGCAUGCUGAUGGUGAUUGUGGCACUCUUCUUUGUCUGCUGGAUGCCUCUGUACACGGUCAACACCUGGAAGGCCUUCGACCUGAGGUCGGCCCAUCAAGCCUUGUCGGGAGCACCCAUCUCUUUCAUCCACUUGCUGUCCUACACCUCAGCCUGUGUCAAUCCAAUCAUUUACUGCUUCAUGAACACCCGUUUCCGCAUGGCGCUGCUGGCCACUUUCGCCUGCUGCUGCGCCACCCGGCUCUGCCGUUGCUGUUGGUGGUGCAGGAAACGGGAGGGAGGAGAAGAUGGCAUCACUGCCACCUCCAUGGCCACGUCCAUGUCCAAGUUCAGCUACACCACCGUCAGCACUGCUGGCACCUGA